GCUGAAAAAUGCUAAGUUCACUCAGUACCGUGACUGCAUCGAGAGGAAUACUAUCGAGGUGUAAAACGAUAUCAAUGGAACAGUGAAAAUUGAAGAUUUUUACCUAGUUUUGUUGUAUAAACCGGUAUUUGAGAAAAUGUCUAGUAUACAAAAUAACCUGGCCGCUCCUGAAGAGGAUGGUAGUGAAGAAAACAGGAAUUUAGUUGGUGUUGUUUAUAGGCCUACUGUGACAAGCUCUAAUGGGAACUCAAACGGGUUGUUGUCAUCUAAGAAAAACAAUGAAUCUGCCUGUUGGUUUCUUCAUUGGGCAGCACUAACAGCUGAUGUGCCUCUUUUUGCUAGCGGCAUUGCAAUGUCCUGGACAUCUCCAGUAAUACCCAAACUUCACGACGAUGAAAAUCCUUUCGGUCAUGACGUCACCACUACCCACGAGGCCUGGAUAGCGGCGCUGAUGCCUCUAGGGGCUGCAGUGGGCCCUUUAGCUGCAGGAUACUGUGCAGAUAAAUUGGGAAGAAAGAAAGCCCUGAUAUUUCUGGCUCUGCCUAUGAUCGUUGGAUUUUUGACUUUAUCUUGGGCUACGCAGAUUGGAUUGUAUUAUGCGGCCAGGUUCCUGAUUGGCCUGGGAGUAGGCAGCGCAUUCGCCAUAGUCCCCAUGUACGUCGGCGAAAUAAGCCAGCCCCACAACCGAGGAAAAUACGGCAGCGCCAUGGGGGUCCUCAUCACCUUGGGUAUCAUAUACCCCUUCUCCAUCGGUCCCCACCUUUCCAUUUCCAUGUACAGCCUCUCCUGUGCCAUUCCUCUAAUAGCCUUCAUCAUAAUCUUUGCAGUUUUCAUGCCUGAAUCACCUUAUUACUUAAUCUCCUUGGGUGAUUUUGAUGGUGCUGACCGGGCCUUGAGAAAACUAAGAAGAACUGGAGCUGAUAUACGUCUGGAAUUGACGGAAAUCAAGGAUGGGGUUGAAAAGGAAAGGGAAAACACUGCAGGGGUGAAGGAUUUGUUUAAAACAGCUGCUGGACGUAAAGCGGUGUAUAUAUCUUUUGGUUUGGUAGCUUUGCAACAGUUUGCUGGAAUAAAUCCUCUAUUAUCUUUCUUAAAAACUAUAUUUGAAGCUGCCGGAAGCACAAUUCCUCCAAAUAUCUGCACCAUUAUCACUGGAUGCGUUCAGGUUUCUUCAAACACUCUAUGUAUUUUCAUUGUUGAACGAUUAGGAAGAAGACUGUUGCUUCUUAUUUGUUGUGUAUUUUGUUUCAUCGCCAUGUUCAUUUUAGGAAUUUACUUUUAUCUAAAAAUCAACGACUACCAUGUCGAUUCAGUCUUCUGGUUACCCAUAACCUGUCUCAUUCUCUACAUGUUGGUGUUUAGUUUUGGUCUGGGUCCGUUACCAUGGACUGUAAUGGGUGAAAUUUUUCCAUCCAACGUUAAAGGAAUUGCUUCAGCUCUUAGUUCGACAACGGCUUUUAUUGCUUCCUGUUUAGUAACGUUUUUAUUCCCUGUUUUGUCUGAAAUAUUGGGCAUGGCUGGAUCUUUCUGGUUGUUUGCAGCUUUCUGUCUCCUGGGUUUCUUUUUCGUUUAUUUUGUGGUGUUUGAAACUAAAGGUAAAUCUCUGGCGGAGAUUCAAAGGAUUUUACAACGACAAAACCACUAAAAUAGUGAUUUUACUCAUAUAGACGUUACUAGUUUAUUUUUACAAUCAAUGCAUAAACUGUUGAUACUCAUAAGCAUUGCUGUUUCUAUAGAGAAAUGAAUAGUUUUAAUAUAACUUAGAGAGAUUUUCUUAAUAUGGACAGUGCUCAAAUAAAAUGUUAACUUAUUGUAAUUAAAUAAUAUGGAAAGAUACUACUCCAGAGAUAGAGUAUAGUUUAUCUCAAGAGAGGGGGGGGGAAGAUAUAUGAAAGUGACAGCGUGGUUAUCUCAUGUUUAAAUUCAAAAUUGCUGACAAUUUUUUAAUGCCAUCUCGAACAUGAUGGUGUCUUCACAUAGACAAACUUUUAGUUAAUGUUGUUAAAUAUCUAAAUAUAUAUUUUUUUCUAAAUCUAUUAAAGAUGUUCGCAUAACAUACUUUAUUAAUUCUAUGAUUUUGUUCCAGUCCAAAUUCCUUUAAUGAGUGAAUAAUUCAACAAUUAAUAUUGUGAUGAGUAGUAGCAGAGCAUAAAAUAUUUAAACAAAUAUAUAAAUUGUGUUAAUGCUUUAGUUAUGUAGGUAUCUAGUAUAUAUCAAAAUUUAGUAUACUCAUUUUAAAUAUCUAUCUACAUAUUUUAAUAUUAUAUUUUAUCAAUGAAUAUUAAUAUUCUUUGAUUGUAUAAUAUAAUGUUAAAAAUCUUUGUAAUAAAGAUUUGUUUUUAUAUAUUUUUUAAUUUUUUUUUGUAAUUUUACGUUAAUAUAUUUGUUAAUAUACUUAAAGUUAAGUCAUCUCGUUGUUUAAUUGUCAUAUGUAAUCAAAAAUAAAUAAAAAAUAAAAACAUACACGUA